GAUAAAGCGAACGCUGACGGUAAAGUUAUUUUCAUGGAAGCGUAAAGAUAGUUCGCAGGGUUUCACUUUCCAAGGUAUUCGAUGUUACCCAUACUUUUACUUAGGUAAGCAAUUUAUGAUAAUGUUUUUACGUCCAUGCCUUCUCGGUAGUCGUAAUAGAUCCACAUUGAAUAUUUUACGACGUACUACUUCAACAUUUGGUAGUACAGAUCUGUUUUCAGCUUGUACAUCUUGUUUUGUACUUGAUUUUAGUCAAAGGAAGUUAGUUUGUGCUUAACGAUAAUGCAAUUAAUCGUUUUGGUUUAUUUUCGUUGCAGAAUUUUACAGAUUUGAACUGAAAACAAUUUCCCCACGGCCUGUUGAAAUACACAUGGCCACAUAAUAAUAAAAUUCUACAAAGUACUGAGGAUUGCACAAGUCUGAAGAUGAGUCGUCAAAGAUCUGCAGAUGCUGCCCGCUUCAAACCAAAAUAUUUUUACCAGUUCAGAAUUAUUUUAAUCGGCGACAGCACUGUUGGAAAAUCCUCGCUUUUGCGGCAGUUUACGGAAGGGCAAUUUAUCGAAAACUCCGACCCAACUGUCGGUGUGGAUUUUCAUGUCAGGGUUGUGAUGCUUACAUGUGAGUUUUCAACCAUUUUACUUAACGUUUGCCAUGUUGCGUGUCAGCAACGCACAUCGAAUUUAUCUUCGGGAAAUAUUAACUAUCAAUUGUUUUACCUAUGAUGAAACCAUUCUUAGAAUGUCGUUGCGAAUUCUUUCCUGUUUUAGGAAGUGUGGCGUUGCUUUUAGCGCAUCGUAGUAGUAACGAAAACAAAUUUUUUGCAAGUGAUGUGGAUUCGGUUAAUUCUAAAUUCACGAUCGUUUGUCGUGGCUGCAUUUCAGCUUUAGUUGUACAUCUUAAAUCCUAUUAGAAUAUGAGUCCUUUAUGCCUUGUUUAAUUUUAUCAACGUCCGAAUAUCCGUCUCAACCAUUAGAUUUGCACUGAACCGCUACAAAAAAUGUGCCUUGGGUAGGUUUACGGAAGCUUUUGAAUUAGUCUGCUUUUACAUCUUUAUGUAAAAAGAUUAGCCGUCACCUGUUGGACUCUUGGAGAAAAUGCAUUCAUUUAUACUUGCUAAUUUUGUAAGGGAUAUUUGAAUUUCAAUUAGGAAAUAUUUACAGUGGUAAUGCCUAUAUCAACUGUUCUUGUGAAGUGGUUUAACUGAAAUCGAUCAGGUUCUUUGAAAAGUCAUGUACUACGUAGGCCAUAUUCUUAAAUAUUGUCUCAAAUUUAGCUUUAUUUUGCUUGAAAAUCUGAGAUUAGGCAACGAAGUGUGAAACUGGUUAAUCUGAAUUAAAAUGAUGCUUGCAUAUUUUAGACGCCAUGCCUGAGAAAAUCGUUGAAAUGUUUAAAAAUUGUGAAAUAUUUUCCAGGUUUUCAUGGUUGAAGUAUUUUAUUCUUGGUUAAUUCACAUUAUUGCUGUUGCAUUUUAAACACGAUUAUGAAUAAGCACAACCUUUCAUAUGAUAUUUAUAUCUCUUUGAAGGAGAGUCACUGGCAAGUCAGGGAGACAGCAUUCUGAAAUAUAAAUCUGACUCAAGCCAAAUAUUCUAAGUACAUAAAAUAGAGGACUCGUGUGGUCAUGAUUUAAUGAAGUGUGGAAGUAGCUAAAUAAGCCACCUCCUUUUGAGAGGUUUUGGGCUUGUCAUUCAAUACAUGUAUCUCUCUGUAUUUGUCAAUUUCCAUAUUAAUAAGCUAUAAGCUAUAAGCUCUCCAAACUUUGCUCCUACAAGAAUAAAUGGGUACCAAAAGGGCUCUUAAAUCAAUCUGAGAUGCAAAGCUAUUCAAAACUUUAUGGACAGAUUUUCAAGUUGCCAAAAAACAAUAAUUAGUUACCUAUGGCAACUGCACUCUAUUUUAAGAGUGUGAAAAACAGAUAGCAGGCUUGAGAUAUUAUCAGCUCAAUAUCACAGUAUUUACUGUAAUAUAUCAGGUGACACAAUGAAUUGAUUUUCUCUGUUUUGUGUUCUUCAGCUGAUGUCAGAAUAAAGUUGCAGAUCUGGGACACUGCAGGACAGGAAAGAUUUCGUGCCAUCACAUACUCAUACUAUAGAAACACUGUUGGCUGCUUGAUUGUUUAUGAUAUCACUAACAGGGAAUCAUUCCUUAAUGUUAAAGACUGGUAUACAGAGGCAAAGAACUGCGUAGAGGAAAGUGAUGUUGUCUUCAUGUUGGUCGGUCAUAAAAUUGACAAAGAAUCAAUGAGGAAAGUUUCCACAGAGGAAGGAGAACGAUUUGCAGAAGCAAACAAUAUGAUGUUUAUUGAAACAUCAGCUAAGGUUUUAUGCAAUAUCGAGGAAGCUUUUUUCAGAGUGACUGAGGAAGUACAUAAACGUAUGGAGAGAGGAGACCUGGGACUGAGAGAUGGCUGGGAUGGAAUUAAGGCACUGCCUAUGCGGCCCACAGAUGUGUUGGGUAUUGGACAUGCUAUUUCAGCUGAAGACUUGCUGGAACAUCAUCAGGAGUCUAAAAAGUGCUGCAUGGGUUGAUAUAUAUUUUUUCAAAUAUGCACUAGUUAAAAAAAAUUAUCUUAAUCCUCUACAAACUUGCUUCUAGACUAAUCUAGAUGUAUCCUUUUAACAAACAUGUAGAAUUUUUACUCUGGUAGAGGUGUAAAAAUAUUAACACCAACAAUGGUCACUCCACAAACUAAAUUUACCCAACUUAAAACCUUUCUUAGAAAUCAGCUGAGGAAUUUCUGUGGCUCUUAUUCUGCAUUCUUCUUUUGUUAGAGUUCUCCCACUUUUUGUUUGGAAUGAACUUAGGGUAUGCCCAAGUGAAGUAACAGGUUGACAGAUAAUUUCACUGUACAGAUUUCUCACCAAUUUGUUCUUGCCAUUCAAUAGAAACUCCACUUGGAAAACAUAUAUGUGAAGGUUAGGAACUAUAAUUUUGUCUUAAAUCCUCAAGGCUGGAUUGUUAAUCAUAGAUUGGUAUUUAAACAUUAAUGGUACCUAUACAGUAGAUAGUUUAAAGCUAGGAUAAAAGUUGAUCAUGUAGUUUUGUGAGUGAGAGAAGUCCUGAAAAGAACUAUCAUCCUAUUUUGACAUCAUCAAAUUGUUUUGAUUCU